AUGGGGUGCGGCCACUCCAAGCUGCCGCGCCGCGGCAGCUCCUCGGCGGCCGUCGCGCUCUGCCGCGGCCGCUCCGCGCUGCUGGCCGAGGCCAUCGCCCGGCGCUACGCGCUCGCGAACGCCCACCGCGCGUAUGCGGGCUCGCUGAGCGCCACCGGCGCGGCGCUGCACGACUUCCUCCGCGCCGUCCAGGACGCGACCCCGCCGCCAGCCGGGCCCGGUGCCGGUGCCGGCGACGCGUCGCGGAGCGGGGAAGAUGCCGACGCGGUCCCUCCCGCCGCGACGGUGCCGCCGCCGGUCCCGGCAUCGCCUGACGCCUCAGAGGAGGAGGAGGACUACGUUGCUGACGGGGGCGACAUGCUUUCGCCCUCGCCCGAGGACGAGGACGAGGACGAAGCCUCUGGUGAUGGCGGCGGGAUUGCCAAGUCCCCGUCCGAUGAUGAGGCCGCCGAGGCCGAGACGCCUCUCCCCAGGCCCGUCUCGCCGGCGCCACGGCCACCCCAGCCGGCGCCCCAGCCGCUGCAGAUGGUCCCGCCGUACGUCUCUGCCUACCCUCCGCCGUACGAUCCUGGUUAUCCCCCACAGUUCGGUUCUGGCCAUCCUCCGCCGCCUUACAGCUAUGGCCCUGUCCCCGGCCCGGCGUAUGGAUACGGUGGGGGCUACGGCGCCGACAUGGGCGGCUACGGCCAGAGUUUCUACAACUACAACACCAGCUACGCCCAGAGCCAGCCCCCGCCGCCGUAUGUGGCCAUCGAGCAGCACUCCCAAGCAACCGAUGCCACCGUCCAGUACUACCACUACCAGGGUGAGGCCACCCCGAGCUCCCAUUCCCACUAUGGCGGAUACAAUUCCUACCCCUACCCGUACCCGCAAGGCGGCGGUUUGACUCCGGCGGCAGCAGCCUCUUCUUGGCAGCUGGCUGCGCCGCUGCCUACGCCGUCGCCGCCGCGGGUGUCGGCCUGGGACUUCCUGGAUCCGUUCCAGGCAGUCGAAAGCUACAACCAAGAUCACCCGGCUGCUCCCCCGGCGAUCCAUUCUCCUAGCCUGAGCUCGGAUGACAUCGGGGAGGAUGAGGACAUUCCCGAGCUGGAGGACGAGGAAUCGGGAGUGGUCGUCAGGGAGGCUCACGCCGGGGAGGAGUGCACCUGCGUGAACAGUGUUAGUGAGGAGCUGCACGAGACCAGUUCCAGUGAGGAGCUGGACGAGACCAGUUCCAGUGAGGAGCUGGACAAGAAGUCCGAUGGCAAUAGCAGCUGCGAGGAGGAGGAGGCUGAGGGGCAUAUCGAGUUCAGACCAUCGGAUGCCAUUAGCAGCAUUGUCGAUGGAGUGGAGAGUGUGGUGGAAGAACAGCUGAAUGAUCCAGGCGUCGCUGAGCCGCCUGCGGUGCCUGAGAAGACGUACAGCAGUGACGUCGAGGUGGUACAGGAGAUCAAGUUGCAGUUUGACAGUGCCUCAAAGUCAGCCGCUGAUGUCGGCAAGAUGCUUGAGGUUGACAAGAUGCCUUACAACCAGAAGAAGAACUCAGGAUUAAAAGUGCCCUCAAUGAUGAUUUGCGGACAACCUUCAAAGGGCAAGGCGAUCAUGCAGUUUGAGGAGGAAAAGGCUAUGGAAUGUGGCAACCUUUCAUCUUCAUUGCAGAAGCUCUACAUAUGGGAAAAGAAGCUUCUUAAGGAAGUCAAGGCUGCGGAGAAGAUAAGGGUGCUUUAUGAACAGAAGCAUAAAGAGCAAAAAAAAUUGUAUUACGGCGGUGCUGAGGCUCAUAAGCUCAAGGCCAUUGAAAUUUGUGUGAAGAAGCUAUCAACAAAGUUAAAUAUUGCCAUUCACAUUGUCAAUGCUACUUCCAAAAAGAUCAACAAGCUGAGGGAUGAAGAGCUUUGGUUUCAAACACAUGAGCUGAUCAGGGGGUUUAUGCAAAUGUGGCAUACCAUGUCAGAGUGCCAUCAGAUGCAAUGGCGUGCCUUGUCUCAUGCUAAGAACAUGGACUCAAUCAUGGUAGCUGAAGGAUUCAGUGAAGAUCAUAUUGAUCUAUUCAAGCAUCUGGAGCUCCAAUUGCUGGACAUGACUGCAAAUUUGGCUCAGUGGUUAAAUGCACAAAAGAGCUAUGCUGCCUAUUUGAAUGAAUGGCUCAAGAAGGGAAUUGAGUAUGAGCCUGAAGUAACCGAUGAUGGGGUGCCUCCAUUUUCACCAGGACGCUUAGGAGCACCCCAAAUUUUCACAAUAUAUAAUAAUUGGGCAGUCAGCAUGGAGAGGAUAUCGGAGGCCGAAGUAGUAGGCGCAAUGCAUGCUUUGGCCUCCAAUGUUAUGAGCAUCUGGGAGCAUCACAUGUCAGAGUGGAGGAAGCUAGUUUUGGAUAAUAGUAAAAACUUGGAGAAAGACCUUAGGUCGAUGGAUAUGGAUGACUUGGCGAUGCGCAAGGCGGUAGAUGCGAGAAACAAGAAGCUGGUGCUCCUUUCCAACCAGAGAGGCAUAUCUUCAUCUGCACAGGCUGCUGAAGCUGGUCUAGAGUCGUGCAUGAGUGAAGUUUUCAAAGCAAUGGAGAGCUUCGCUGCUGCCUGUGAGAAUGCCUAUAAGGAUCUGCAGCUUCGCGCUGAAGAAGAGGGAGCUCGACUUGAAGAUCAAGAGAAUGGUAGAGUUCCAGUUGCAGACAUAGCUACUGGCACAGAGGGCAACUAG